AACCUUCAAAAGCAUUUCUAUUUACUCUCAAGAAAGUAUGGCUUACCAAAACACCAAUCGCUGCUCUUCUGAUGAACAAUCUCCAUCUGAUUCAAUUGCUGUUCUUGAUCCUAAACCUCUUGCAGUAGUAGCACCACCAGCUCAUCCUCCUAUUGUUGCAUCCUUCAAUGAUAGAAUCCGGCCACUCCUCGACUGCGUAGACAAACUCCGCCACCUUAACAUCAUGCAAGAAGGCAUCCAGCUUCCGACCAUCGUAGUAGUCGGCGAUCAAUCUUCUGGAAAAUCCAGUGUUCUUGAAUCCCUUGCUGGAAUCAGCCUUCCUAGAGGACAAGGCAUUUGCACCAGAGUCCCGCUAAUUAUGAGGCUGCAAAAUGACUCAAACAUCACAACAACAAAUCUUCGGUUGGAGUACAAUGAGAAGUCGCUCCCUGUCGAUGAAGCUGGCAUUGCAGAUGCUAUCAUUCUUGCAACUGAUGAGAUUGCUGGCCAUGGUAAGGGCAUAUCUAACAACCCUUUAACACUUGUAGUGAAAAAGAAUGGUGUACCUGACUUGACCAUGGUAGAUUUGCCUGGAAUCACUAGAGUUCCUGUUCAGGGACAACCUGAAGACAUUUAUGAGCAAAUAUCUGAUAUUAUUAUGAAAUAUAUAGCUCCUCAGGAAAGCAUAAUCUUGAAUGUUUUGUCAGCUACUGUUGAUUUUCCUACUUGUGAGUCUAUUAGGAUGUCUCAGAAGGUUGACAAAACAGGGGAAAGGACUCUAGCCGUUGUGACAAAGGCUGACAAAGCUCCUGAAGGUUUGCUUGAGAAAGUUACUGCAGAUGAAGUGAAUAUAGGACUCGGAUAUGUUUGUGUGAGGAAUAGAAUUGGGAAUGAGUCUUAUGAAGAAGCCAGGAGUGAUGAGGCAAGGCUUUUCUCAACUCAUCCACUUUUAUCAAAGAUUGAUAAAUCCAUGGUCGGCAUUCCAGUUCUGGCACAAAAGCUGGUGCGUAUUCAAUCAAGUAUCAUUUCGAAAUGCUUGCCUGAAAUUGUGGGGAAAAUCAAUGACAAACUGACCGCCAAUGUCGCCGAACUCAACAGCCUGCCUCAGCAUUUAACUUCUGUGGCUGAAGCUUUGACGGCAUUCAUGCGUAUUCUGAGUUCAUCCAAGGAAUCGUUAAAAAAAGUUCUUCUAAGAGGGGAGUUUGACGAGUAUCCGGAAGAAAAAGAAAUGCAUUGCACAGCUAGACUGGUUGAAAUGCUUGACCAAUACUCUAUUGAGCUACAUUCAAAGAAUUUUGAGAAAAAAGGAGACUUUUUGAUGGAAGAGAUCAUGGCUUUAGAGGAAACAAAAGGGAUUGGAUUGCCAAACUUCCUCCCUCGGGCCGUUUUCCUCAAUGUAUUGCAGAAAAAAGUCAGUGAAAUUGCUGGAAUUCCAGAGGAAUUCGUGGGAAGAUUGUGGAAUUACGUUGAGAGAAUUGUUAUCAAAGUGUUGAUGUAUCAUUGUGAUAACUACCCACAGCUUCAGUCUUCCACCAGAAGAGCUGCUCAAAACUUGAUUUUCAUCAAGAAGAAUGAAUCAGUUGAUUGGGUAAGGGAAAUAAUUGGGAUGGAAAAGCUGACUGAUUACACUUGUAAUCCCGACUAUUUAGCAACUUAUAGCAAGCUCAUUGCGCAACAGCAGGCGUUUAUGGAGAUUAUGAACGAUCCCCAUAAGCCCUCUGUAAUAAACUUGGAGGGAGUUGGAGAAAUUGAUGUUGGUCAUUUAAGGAAGCAUCUAUGUAUGGUGCAGCAGGCAUUUGAUAUGAAAAUGAGGAUCACUGCAUAUUGGAAACUUGUGUUGAUGAGGAUGGUUGAUUUUAUGGCUUUGCACAUUAUGUUCAGCAUUCAAAAGAUGGUUAACAAGGAGAUGGAAGAGGCGAUCGUUCAGGAUCUGAUGGCGCCUCACGGUGGUGGAAUCGAGAGAAUGCUGGAUGAGUCGCCUUUGAUUGCCGAGAAGCGCACUAGGCUCAACAAGAGUGUCAAGCUUCUCAAGGAGUCAAAAGAUGUGGUGGCCAAUAUCAUGGACAGGAUUUCUCUUCAUGGUGAUCAAGAAAAUGAGUAGAUUAAUAAUUUGUACUCAUGAUCAGGGCACUGCAUUCCACUUCAGUCAAUGUUCCUCUUAUGUUUAUCUCCUUGUAUUUUUACUAUGUUUUUGGUUUUAAGAAAUGCCUGUAGGCUCCUAGGGAAUUAUGUAACUACCUGGUGCUAAGUAAGUAGUUUUGUUG